AUGGGAGACAUCGAUGCAAUGUUCCACCAGGUUAGAGUUAGUGAAAACCACCGUGWCUUUCUACGAUUUCUGUGGUGGACGGAUGCAGAUUUGUCAAGCGAACCAGAAGAGUACCAGAUGAAUGUCCAUCUCUUMGGAGCCGUUUCUUCUCCAAGUUGUGCCAAUUAUGCUUUAAAGAGGAUCUCCGAAGACUUCAAAGACGAAAUGAGCAAAGAAACUGCUGACACUCUGAAGAGGAAUUUUUACGUCGAUGAUUGCUUGAGCUCUGAAGAAACAGAAGAAGACGCCAUCCAAAGAGUGAAAGACGUCAUAGAUGCCUGCAGUAAAGGUGGAUUUUCCCUCAGYAAGAUCAUCAGCAACAGAAGAAACGUGAUCGAAGCAGUUCCACAAGAGAAAAAGAAGCAAAUCCCUCAAGAACAUGGACCUUAG